AGAGCCGACUCCCGGACGUGACGUCAUCACAGGGCGCCGGGGUCCAGGGAGGGGAUUUAGGGAGGAGAUUCUCCCCCGCCUAUAAGGUGUUUUCCCAUGAUUCAUCCUUUCUCUUCGCCAUCUUUCCGUCCUCCGGCCGGCCGGCAGCUUUCGCCAUGAAGGUCGAGCUGUGCAGUUUCAGCGGCUACAAGAUCUACCCCGGACACGGGCGGCGCUACGCCAGGACCGACGGGAAGGUUUUCCAGUUUCUUAAUGCAAAAUGCGAGUCCGCAUUCCUUUCCAAAAGGAAUCCUCGGCAGAUAAACUGGACUGUCCUCUACAGAAGAAAACACAAGAAGGGACAGUCGGAAGAAAUUCAAAAGAAAAGAACCCGCCGUGCAGUCAAAUUCCAGCGGGCUAUCACUGGUGCAUCUCUUGCUGAUAUAAUGGCCAAGAGGAACCAGAAACCAGAAGUUAGGAAAGCUCAGCGAGAACAGGCUAUCAGGGCUGCCAAGGAAGCAAAAAAGGCUAAGCAGGCGUCCAAGAAGACAGCAAUGGCUGCUGCCAAGGCCCCUACCAAAGCAGCACCUAAACAAAAGAUUGUGAAGCCUGUGAAGGUCUCUGCUCCCCGAGUUGGUGGAAAACGCUAACUUGGUAGAUCAGAGUUUUGAAUAAAGAUCAAUCUCUAA